AUGCUGGAGAUCUACACGCUUACCACCGCCACCAUCUCCACCAUUGUCGUUGUUAUCAUGGCAACUCUGUUUUUCUGCUGCUGGCGCAAAAAGGGCUCCAGGGAUAUUGCAGCUGGCAAGAACGGCAAAAGUGGCUCCACAAAGGAAGGAGCCAAGGCGGACAGGUCUGGGUCCCUAACACCUUCUGUUGCAGGGAGAUCAGAGAAUGGAGUGAUGGCGGAAAAUCAAAGUCCUACAAACGGCGAGACGAAGCUUCCACUGCUCAGCGUAACUGCUUAUUCAGAUUCAAAUGAGGACCUUGGAGAUUUUUCUGCCGUUCAGAGAGAAACAGAAAUCUUGAGAUCGUAUCGCAAACCUCCACCUCCGAAACACAGAGCAAGGCAAACCAGGGUACCCAGACUGGUGAAGAAUGGCAAUGACUCUUCAGACAUCUUCACUGAACUCAAUGAAGAAGAUUUCAAAAAUGAAGAUAUUUCUGACAAAGAGAACAUUGUAUCUUAUGACAAUGCAGACACUUCAGUGUUGCGCUUACAUUCAGAAGACAAGACAAAAUCCCCACGAGAUACCCGUUCUUCCAUGCUUGAUGAUAUUGAGCAGGCUUUAGCUGCCCUGCACAUGUCUGACCAGUCAGAAGGUGUAGAGACAUCAGAUAGUCCACAGACAGAAGAUAAAACUAGCACAACAGAAUAUGACGCAAAAGAUCACAGGGCAAACUCUGUUAGUGACUUGACUUUUGAGCCUUAUGCUGGUGAUUUCAGUGUGUCUGAAAACAUAAUAAGCAGUAACUCACAGGCCAUUAUCUUUUCUGAGAUCCAAACAGAAUCUGUGUCAGUAAACGUAGCCUCAUCACCGAAACAAAACCAUACUGUUAAGCCAAAAACAGGACCUAAAGUGAGCCCGAAACCAAGCCCCAAAUUUACCACACGAGAGAGUUCCUAUAAAGACAGUACAUCAGUUGACGCCCCAGUGGAUAUUCACAAAGAUACUCAUGACAGCAAUUAUGUCACUGCCAACACAGUAGCUGAUAAUGAGGGUAAACUGGAUCCUGCUGUUAUUGAUGAUCAGUGUGUAACAUCCAAAGAGGAGCUUCUUGUUUCAGAAAUUGGAAUUCCCAAAGAAACAAGUUCCUGUCUGCAGACACUUCAGAAGACCGCAGAUGAGACUUCCACGGUCACUGAAGCAGAGAAGCUUUUAGACAGUACAGGGUCAGACACACCAUCUGUUGUUGCUGACAUAAUUACAAGGUCCAAAGAGGAUAUUGUUUCAGAAUGUGUCGUAAAUGAAUCUGACCGGGACAAGCAAGAAACAGUAACAAUGUCAGUUAUGACGAAAUCCUCAGAAAACCCGGUAACUGACAAAAUCUGUGAUGAGGAUACUAUUAUUGAUACUGACAAAAGUAAGGCAACUGAGAGUGCAGUAGAAGCAGAGGCAGAUUCUGCUUCUCUGAAACAGCCUGAAAGUGUGACUCCUGUCUCAGCUAGCAAAAGGUUAAAACCUUCAGGUGAUGCAAAUGACCUUGAUGAGACUGUGCCAUCAUCAACUGCUCAAGAAGUCAGAGCAGUACUAGCUGAGGAAGCUACAGAACAACAGACACGGCAGUCUGUUACAGAAACCUCGUCAGUAGAACAGGAAGGGAGUGAUGGAAACCCAAGGGAAGAAGACAAACAACAGAAAGAUUUGGCUGAAGACCAAACUGGCAAAGGAAAAAUCAGCAAGAUACCAGUAAGAUCAGAAAAAAUCUAA